ACAUAUAGGUACAUACCUAGGCAGUCGCUGACUUCACAAGGGCAACCAGUAUGAGUUGUUGACCGGAGCGUUGUUACCCAAUUAUCAAUUAUCUACCUCUGUCUCUUCUUCCUUUUCUCCCCCCUUACCUCUUGUUUCUGUUUGCCUUGUUUUGCUUUCGACACACGCAAGCCCGCUGCCGUCGACUUUCCAUACGCGGUACAUUCUUUUCACGGAAGGCACGGCGGGGCUGCCUUAUAUCAGGAUAGUACCGGGACAGUACCGGGUCUCCCACUUCCUUGGAGCCACUUAUUGGAACGGCGUAACCCCUCCCUAGGCAUCUUCACCAACACCACGCCUCAACAACUCACAGAACACACGCGUGUACCGUGAUAUAUCUAGCUACCCGUCAUUCCGCUUCGGUGCCAUACCAGCUGCUGCCCCCGUCUCCGUCUCUGUCUCUGCCUCUGUCUCUGUCUCUGACUCGGACUCGGUCUGCAUCUGUGUCACCGUCCGCUGGCUAGCCGGCUAUUCGUCUAUAAGGAACUAGGCCUAGUCGACCAACCCAUCAACGUCAAACCGCGCUGAGUAGAGUGCAAGACGAGUCGGCCACCAGAAGUUCGCUGUAGUACAAGCGUCGCGAUGCCUUCGCAAACGUCCGCUCAGAAGGCGGCCGUUUCGAAUUUCGUUUCCAUUACAGGAGCUUCUGAGAGGACUGCUACCAAGUAUCUUAGAAAUGUCUCAUACAAACUAAAUGAGGCUGUUGAUGCGUUUUUUCAGGCCAACGGUGGUGGCUCAGGUGGCACGUCGGGUGCUGCCAAUAGGGAAGCCCAACUCAAUCAGUUAUUCGAUAGCCUUCGAAAUGAACAGGAAGACAGCAAAGAUACCCUGGGCGCUGACUCUGCUAUGGGCUAUCUUCAGUCCCUUGGUGUAGGACUAGAAGAUGCGUCAUUAUUCCUUGCCGUGGAGCUAUUACAAGCACCGAGUAUCGGCGAAAUAUCGCGGGCAGGCUUUGUGAACGGUUGGAAAGAAGCCGGGGUCGAGGUCAAGAUGGAGGCCCAAUCGGCACAUAUCAGUCACCUUGCCAAUUCAAUGGCGAGAAAUAGGGAUCUCUUUCGAAAGGUCUAUCGCUAUGCCUUUGUGGCAGGGAAAGAAGGCGAAAAGCGGGCACUAACAUUAGAGAUGGCCAUCCUUUACUGGGAUACGAUCUUUCGGAAACCGGGCCCGAGCUGGGUUGGAUCGUCUACGAAGAUCGAUUGGUUCAAAGAGUGGAAAUCUUUCCUUGAGGAGAAUUGGAAACGGUCAGUGAGUCGCGAUAUGUGGAACCAGACACUCGAGUUCGUCUACAAGAGUAUCGAUGAUGAAUCCUUAGGGUUCUGGAGUGAAGAUGGCGCCUGGCCUGGCGUCAUUGAUGAGUUCGUGCAAUGGUAUAAACGAAAGUCAGAGAUGGAAUUAGAUGCUUAGAUGGUUACGUCUACCAUUGCACGGAUUCAGCUCUUCAAGCUUGGACUGUCCAUAUCUCCAGAUUCACGCCCCUAAAAGGGGAUUGUGAGGCGCAUCCAUUGCAACAAUAUUGUUACUGCCAAGGCACGAUAACGAAAAUGGAAGCAAGGAGGCGACAGAGGACAGGAUGUUAUACUGCGAUCUUCAUCCUAGGGAAUGAAGUUAACAGCGUUCGCCUCUCGUGUUGCCAAAGCAGAUUCUUGACUAGCCCGGGUGAGAAGAUGACACGAAGGGGGAUGCAACGAUG